UGGAAAAUCCUGAUGGAACCCACCAAGUACCCGCUGAGCGAGAACGACAUCCUCUUUUCGAAGAGGCUGGAGAGCGUGCGCAAGGACGUCGAGUGCUUCUUCGGCAUCCUGAAGGGUCGCUUCAGGAUUCUGAAGCUCGUCAUGGCGUACCACGAGCAGGAGCGCAUUGACAACGUGUUUUUCACGUGCUGCAUCUUGCACAACAUGCUGCACAUCUUCGACGGAAUGGACCAGCUGGUGGAGAACACGCUCUGGGUCAGCGGUGCCGGGGCGGGGACUGGGGUGGCGACCGAGCAGGAGGCGGACUCUAGCUUUGUUGGGGCGAAGGACACCAACGACAAAGAGCAAGUAGAGAAAGGGCACGGGGAGCGCUAGAGGAAGCUUACUACGAGCUUCGCGUGCCGCAAGAAGCACAAGAAGGACAUUGGCUUUCUAGGUGAUCGACUCCGGUGUACUGCAGAGCUUUGCAUAGUGUCAAUGUUGCGCCCCACCUUGUCUUACACAAACCGCUGCAGCACCGUAUGUGUGACUUUUUUUUUUGGUACAUGGUACGGCAGCGAUGGAUUUUAUUUUCAUUCCCACCGCACAUGGUACGGCAGCAAUGGCUUUUAUUUUCAUCUCCACCCCCCCCCUUCCCCGUUCCCUGUACCCACCACGUGUUUUUUGGUUGUACUGUCUGACUUGUGUGGUGCUCGGGUGAACAUUUUCUGGUAGCGUGUGUGACUUUUUUUUUUGGUACAUGGUACGGCAGCGAUGGAUUUUAUUUUCAUUCCCACCGCCCCCCCUUCCCCGUGCCCUGUAUCCACCACGUGCUUUUUGGUUGUACCGUGUGACUUGUGUGGUGCUCGGGCAAACAUUUUGUUGUAUCGUGCGUGCCCUUUGUUUCGCGUACGGACUACGGCAGUAAUACUUUCUGCUGCAGACCCCCCACCGUCCCACGUGUGUGUGGUUUUCUUGUUAUGCAUGCAUAUUUGUUUCCACCUGCCUGUCCUUUACGGCCUGGGAGGCAUGCGGUGUAUGCAAAGGUCUUCGCACAAAGGGGAGGUGGUCUUGCAAGACGGGUCUUUAUCUCAACUGCAAUUGUAGAAAGCGUCAAGAGGGAUUCUAUCCCUGACAACGAACCACAAUCAUUUUCCACCAGUGUAACGGUGACACCAAAUUACAAUCAGCAUCACAGUAAAAGGGGGCACAGAAGGGGCACCCCGAAGGAUUCAGCGGGUCGGGGCAAAAGGGUGCAACAACGUCUUUACGAAUAACGUGGGGAAGGGGGGGGGGGCAUGACAAGCAUUACUGCCGCAGCCNCAAAUUACAAUCAGCAUCACAGUAAAAGGGGGCACAGAAGGGGCACCCCGAAGGAUUCAGCGGGUCGGGGCAAAAGGGUGCAACAACGUCUUUACGAAUAACGUGGGGAAGGGGGGGGGGGCAUGACAAGCAUUACUGCCGCAGCCCACACGCAUAAAAAAUUACAACCAUUUACAAGAAAAAACAACACCCAAAGAGAAGGCAUGUCGGACGGUGCAAACAACGUCUUGACAAUAAAACUUGGGCACAAGGGGACGGACGGGAAGAGGGCAUGACAAGCAUGACUGCCAUAGCCCGUACACAAAAAAAAACAAAAACAACCGCUACAAGGCAAAUGAAAAUAGCCAAAGAGAAGACAUGUCGGACGGUGCAACGACGUCUCUACAAAAAUCGUGGGAACAAAGGGGAGGGGGGGGGCAUGACAAGCGUUACUGCCGUAGCCCCCCGUACGCAAAAAAACAACACAACCGCUACAAGAAAAAAAAACACCCAAAGAGAAGGCAUGUCGGACGGUGCAAACGACGUCUUUACACAAAAAAACCUAGGCACAAGGGGACAGAGGGGGAGAGGGCAUGACAAGCAUGGCUGCCAUAGCCCGUACACAAA